AUGGACGUUGACGUGGGAAAGCCGGCACAGCCCCAUGGCCUGUCGCCCGCAACAGACCCGCAGUCCAUACCUACACUAGACGGUUGGAUCGAGAGCUUGAUGGACUGCAAACAAUUGGCCGAGAGCGAUGUCGCCCGGCUUUGCGACAGAGCAAGAGAAAUCCUCCAAGAAGAGUCAAACGUUCAGCCGGUGAAAUGCCCAGUGACGGUCUGCGGUGACAUUCACGGCCAGUUUCAUGAUCUAAUGGAGUUGUUUCGAAUCGGUGGACCAAAUCCGGACACGAACUACCUCUUUAUGGGAGACUAUGUGGAUCGUGGUUACUAUUCGGUUGAGACCGUGACGCUCCUUGUAGCCCUCAAGAUUCGAUACCCUUCCCGGAUUACCAUCCUACGUGGUAACCACGAAUCCAGACAAAUCACGCAGGUGUACGGGUUCUAUGACGAAUGUCUGAGAAAAUAUGGCAACGCCAAUGUCUGGAAAUACUUCACCGACCUCUUCGACUACCUUCCCCUUACCGCUCUCAUUGACAACCAGAUCUUCUGCUUGCAUGGCGGGCUUUCGCCCAGCAUAGACACCCUUGACAACAUCAGAUCCCUCGACCGCAUUCAGGAAGUGCCUCACGAGGGACCGAUGUGUGAUCUUCUGUGGAGUGACCCUGAUGACAGAUGCGGAUGGGGAAUCAGCCCAAGAGGUGCAGGGUACACCUUUGGUCAAGACAUUUCCGAAGCCUUCAAUCACAACAACGGCCUGACCCUGGUGGCCCGGGCACAUCAACUGGUCAUGGAAGGUUACAAUUGGAGUCAGGACAGAAACGUCGUGACCAUCUUCAGCGCCCCCAAUUACUGCUACAGGUGCGGCAAUCAGGCUGCUAUCAUGGAGAUUGACGAGCAUCUGAAGUACACUUUCUUGCAAUUCGACCCCUGUCCUCGAGCUGGUGAGCCCAUGGUGAGCCGGAGGACACCGGACUACUUCCUGUAG